UCCUUUGGCCAUGGCGUCGCUGCCGCUCCUCCUUCUCCUGGCCGUCGUCCUACUCCUCUGGCUCCACCGCCGGCGCCAGCGCCGGCUCCGUGCGCCCGCACUCCGCCUGCCCCCGUCGCCGUGGCCGCUCCCGCUGCUCGGCCACCUCCUCCACCUGGCGCGGGACCUGCCGCACCGCGCCCUGCGUGACCUGGCGCAGCGCCACGGCCCGCUCCUGCUUCUCCGCCUCGGCGGCCUGCCCAUCGUCGUCGCCUCCUCCGCAGACGCCGCGCGUGAGCUCAUGGUCUCCCACGACGUCGACUUCGCCUCCCGCUACCUCAGCCGCAUGGCCCGCCUCUCCAUCCAGCCGGGCGCCGAGGGCAUCUUCUUCGCGCCCUACGGCGCCCAGUGGCGCCAGCUCCGCAAGAUCUGCACCGUCGAGCUCCUCAGCGCCCGACGCGUGCUCUCUUUCCGCCCCACGCGCCAGGAGGAGGCCGCCCGGCUGCUCCGGGCGGUGGCGGCGUCGCGGGCCAUGGUUAACCUCAGCGGGUUGCUGGCAGCUUACGCCGCCGACUCGUCCGUGCGCACCAUCAUCGGGAGCAGAUUCAAGGACCGCGACGGCUUUCUGGAGUUGGUGUCAACCGGUAGCAAGCUGUUCGCCGGGAUGAGCUUACCGGACCUCUACCCGUCAUCACGCCUCGCCAUGCUCCUUAGCCGGACGCCGCCCCGGGUGAGGCAGCACCGCAAGGAACUAGACGCGUUCAUGGACACCGUCGUCCAGGAGCACCAGGAGAACCGCCGGGCAGACGACGACGAUGACGAGGACCUGCUUGACGUGCUCCUGAGGAUCCAGCGGAAAGGCGACCUGCAGUUCCCCUUGUCGACCGAAAUGAUCAAGUCGGUCGUACAGGACAUAUUCGCCGGUGGCAGCGAGACAGCAGCGACGACACUGCAAUGGGCCAUGUCCGAGCUGGUGAGGAGCCCUAGAGUGAUGCGGAAGGUGCAGGACGAGGCCCAGCUGGCGCUCGCCGGCCAGACCACGGUGACCGAGUCCUCCCUCGCCGACCUCAAGUACAUGCGCCUAGUGGUCAAGGAGGUGCUCCGCCUGCACCCGCCGGCGCCGCUGCUGCUGCCGCGGGAGUGCCGGAGCGACGGUUGCCAAGUCCUUGGCUACGACGUGCCCAAGGGCACCAUGGUGCUCGUCAAUGCGUGGGCCAUUUGCAGGGACCCCACGCACUGGGACGCCGCCGAGGAGUUUAUGCCAGAGAGGUUCGAGCGCGGUGACGCCGCGGACUUCAAGGGGGCUGACAUGGAGUACACGCCGUUCGGGGCGGGCCGGCGGAUGUGCCCCGGGAUGUCCUUCGGGCUGGCAAACGUGGAGCUCGCUCUCGCCGGGCUGCUGUACCACUUCGACUGGGAGCUGCCGGGCGGAGCGGAGGCCGGGGAGCUGGACAUGGCGGAGGAGAUGGGCGUCACCGUGCGCCGCCGCAACGACCUCGUGCUUGUCCCCGUGGUGCGAGUGCCCGUGCCGCUAAAUUAGUUGAUAAAAGCUUCGGUUAAUCUUUUUCGGUUAAUCUGGUUUCUGGAAGCGGGCAAUGAAGUAUUCUUCUGCAUGCAGUUGGUAUCCCUCCUGUAUCUUCGCCUUCCCUCUCAAAUUCGGCGCUUCAUUCAUGAUGUGUUUCUUCUCUUCUUUUGUUUGCACUCUGUAUCUUUUGCUGCUUUGCUUUUUUCUCUUUGUUUGUUUGUAUGUUGCAAUGU